AUGGCAUUGCUUGGUAAACAAGCGUGGAGGUUAAUUACCAAGCCUGACUCACUAGUGGCAAGGAUUUACACUGUACGAUACUAUCCUAACUGUGCUUUCUUUGAUGCAGUUGCCGGCAGUAACCCCUCCUUCAUUUGGCGGGGGAUGCUAGGGGUCCAGCAAGUAAUGCGGGACGGCUGUAGGCGCAGUAUAGGAAGUGGUGAUGAUACAAUAAUAGGAAGGCAUACAUGGUUGCCGGUGCCAGAUGAGCCGUUCAUCACAACUCCGGUAGCAAUGGCAGUUUUCGAGGCCCCGGUGGCCUCUCUUUUUAAUCGUCGAGGAGGCCACGUGACGCGUGGUACUAGUUUUGGGAUCAAAAAGGCAAAUACACAGUCAAGUCCUGUUAUAACCACUUGA